AUGCUUGAAACAGAGGCUAUUGAUUUCCACAAUCAUCUACCACCUUAUAGGUCCUUACUUAAUCCUAAUGCUAGGUAUGAUUAUCGGACUCACACAUUGAUCCCUUUGACUCAAAAUGAUUUAAAUUUCUUACAAUCAUUCUUCAGAAGUGGGGGUAGAUCAACUCCCAUUUUUUCAUAUCUGCAUUAUAGGCAGUCAAGAUCUUUAAACAAUGGAAGCUCAAGAGGUAGUAAUGGCCAUAAUAACAGAACAACAUCAAACAGAAGUAGAACCACAACUACAAUAUUGACACCCCCACAAAAUUCGAAUACUCCAGCAGUUUCAAGUUCUUCACUGUCUGAUCCAGUUGGAAACAACGCUGAGUUAUCUAAUUCCUAUAUUGAAAAUGCUAUUACAUUGUCAGCUAACACAGGCCCGCAACUUCUGCAACCACCAUCUAGAUCUUCUUCGUCUUCCUUAUCAACAACAGCCGCAUCGGUCACUUCAAAUCAACCUUUUCCCCGUGUAAACUAUCAAAACAAUCAAGAUGUAUCUACGUCGACCACAUUCAAGAUGAAGUACAAGUCUUUGCUCAAUGAUGUUGGUCGCAGUAUUUCGAUGAGAUUAAGUAACAACAGUUUGCUUGGCAACUCAAUACAAUCAUCUAGCAGUAAUAGCAUUGACAACAACCACAAUAAUGGUAUUGUUUCAAGAUCAAGUACCAUACUUUCUUCCUCUGUCAAGAGAAAGUCUCAGCCAACCAUUACCAACAUUAAACAAAUGCCAGAAGAAAUAUUGGAUUACAUAUUUUAUCUUGUUGAUUGCAAGUCGGAUUACGCCAAUUGUCUCCACACAUGCAAACUUUUUUAUCAUAUGGCGAAGCCAUAUUUCUACGAAAAUUUGUCUUUCACUUCAACUUAUCGGUUUGCCCAAUUUAUCUCAUAUCUUCGGUUGAAUGCAAGUGUGGGUCACUAUGUUAAAUUAAUUGAUUUGUCGGGUAUCAAACCAGGAUACGAUGAGGAUGCAGAAGAAAACAACGAUCAAGAAGAAGAGGUGGUGGAGGCUAUCAAUGAAGAAGGCGAAACUAUUCCUCUUAAUAGUCGUGAAGUGUCUCAACUUUCCAAAAAGAAAGCUUUAGCUGGUUGGAGGGAUUGGAAGUUCAAAAAUAACCCAUUGUAUACAGUUCAUCCUUAUCCUGCUGGGCAUUUGACCAAGAUUGCUUCUAAUUCCCAGUUUCUGAUAUCAUCAAAUAGAUCCAAUUCUUCACAAAAGUCGUCAUCAACAAAAAGAUUCACCAAACCGUUUAAAUAUUUCAAAACUAGAAAAAGAAGCAGAUCUUUUAGUGGCAAUCUUAAUUCACGAAAAGCACCAAAAUUGGAAACAUUAAAUUUGAACAAUCGUCAAGGUGGAGGUUCUUCACCAAUGUCAAAUCCUCACCCUUUAAUUAACAAGUUCUUGCUCAACUAUUCAACGUCCAAAGAUGUCCCGAUUGGUUAUGUAUUGCACUUGAUCAAUUUAUGUCCAAAUGUCUGUAGUUUAAACUUGGGCGGAUUGUCAUUAUCCACUGAUUAUGAAAUUCUGAGAUCUUCAAUGUGCAAAUAUCAAACCUUUGAUUUGAUGAAUAAUUACCCCAAGAAUUUGCUUCACAAGAUUGACAAUAGCAUGAAGAGUGAUGAAUUGGACGACGUGUCGUCGAUUGAUGCCUCAUUGUUAUACAAUCGUUACCCAGAGAAUAGAUUCUCAAGAAAUUUGUUCAAAUCAAAUCAAACGAAUACAUCCACGGCCUCCUCAAUAUAUUCCGUCACGACUUUUUCAAAACCAAUCCGUAAAUACAAUAGCUUGUUACCACCACUCCCACCAACAUUGGCUGACAUAUCGUAUGUGAAAAAGGGAGACCGUAGGGUUUACCUUUCAGAUUUGAAUUUGAAGUCGAUCAAUAAUGCUUAUUUAAGAAAGAUUGAUGAGAGGGAGGUGUUGUUGGCCAUUUCUAGAAUUCACGGAAAACAAGUUCAUCCUUAUAAAAUGCAACAAAUUCCAGGCCUAAUCGAGGAAGAUGUUGCUGGAAAUUUACGCUAUAUCAACUUAUCCUCCAUGAUUUGGUUAAAUCGCGAUUUGAUCGAGAAGUUUCUAAAGAGGUUGCUUGUGAAAAGGUCUUUUGAUUUGGCCUCAUAUGGGUAUUGUGGUCCGGAUGAGUUUGAUGAUGACAGUGAUUUGGAUUUUGACUCAGAUUUAGAGUCGGUUGAUGAUCAACACAAUCCAAUAGCAUACAAGCAGGACUUGGUUAUCGAUCUUUCAAACUCGGGGAUGUACAAGAACCUACUUUGGGCAAAGAGAAUAGACUUGAACACCAUGGAAGGUUGCAAAUUGGCAGACAAGAUUAUUCGCAAUGAAUUACUAACACCACAUGAGGAGUUCAUGAGAAGAGAAAGAAUAAGAAGAGGCAGAAUUGGGGAAAACUAUUUAGCUUAA